AUGACAGGUAAGACGGCGGCAAGAGUCAAGGGACCAUAUAGGAACGGAUCCAUGGGGGAGGAAGGGGCACCAUGGUGUGAAUGGAUUGAACGGAAACGGAUGGGUGUCAUCGAACAGGACAUCGAUUCGAAAGGUGACAAAAGAUUCAUGGGAAUUGAAGAGGAGGGAAAGGAUAAAAGAACGGAGGAGGGCGAGGUGUGA